AUGCUGCGUUGUUCUCCUUCCACAAUUCCAGAACCUACUUUCUCAUGGGCCUUCUUGAUCACUUGUGGGACGACACCGUCGCCGGACCUCCGCCGGAGAACGGCCUCGGAAAGCUCCGAAAGCACCACACCUUCGCUUCCCGAUCUAGCCCCGGCAAAGAAUUAGCAGACGCCGCCGGAAGCGUGAGACCCUACGGUGUAGAUUCGCCGGAGGAUGCGACGAGAGUGACACGUAGUAUCAUGAUCGUGAAACCACCUGGUUACCAGAGUCCUAGUGGAUCUGCUCCGGCUUCGCCUGCGGGCUCUACUCCCCCGGUGUCUCCAUUUUCUGCUCCAUUGUCUCCGUUUUCGGGUAAGGAACCAGAGAGUCGUUUCGGUUUCGAAGAAGGUCGACAUCAGAUGCGUACGAGAAGGCUGCAAGCGAAAAAAGACCAAGCCCUUCUUCUCCUUUCCAUGUGUGAGAAAUGAGAGCAUGAUCACUUUGUCCCUCCAUGGAUGACCGAAAAUGUGUUUGUUUUGCUUUGGUGCUAUCCAUUUUUGUUUACCUUUUGUGCAUAUAAAUAAUAUAUGUGAAUAGUGUGUGUGUUAGUGAGUAUAUCAGUUAAGGUCAUGCGGGUUAGUUAGCAUCUCAGUUGCUAAUGGUUCGUCAGUUUGUAAAUAAGAGCUUGAGACUUGUGAGGAGUAGGAGGUUUGUUUGUAUUUUGAAGCCUUUCCUAACGUUUGUUUGUGGUUUAAUUUGCUUUCUCGCUGUAAAAGCUUUCCUAUUUCGUAUAAUAUGUAGUGAGUUUCUGUUUCA